CAUUUUGUAUGUAUUUAUAUAGUGUACGGUAAAAGUUAAUAAUAUUGGUUAUCAACUAAACAAAAAAAAGUGUUUUACCACACAAUAUGCAAUCAAAUUGUUUGGACACCAGUAAUAACCAGUGAAUAAUAAUAACCGAUAAUAAUGUCAAGUCUUAGCGGUGGCAGCAGUCGUAUGAGCGGCGAUGAUAUACCGCCUAAAUAUCGUCUAAAAACAUCGUAUACCCUACUGGCCUCCGGUUAUGUAGCAUUGGCCGCAUUGGUCACCCUAAUCAUAUCGUUUGCCAGUCCCUAUUGGCUAUCAUCUCAUAGAUAUACGUACAAAAAUUUUGUUAGACUCGGUCUCUGGGAUUUUUGUUUCGACCAUUACAGGCACCCACCCUAUCAAUAUGAUGAACUAUUCAAUGGUUGUCACUGGAUCUAUAGCUCCAAGUACCAGAACAUUAGAGAUUGGCUACAACCGGGUUGGUUUAUGUUUGUCCAGGGAAUGCUAUGCAUAUCAUUGAUAUUUUCGGUACUAUCGCUGGCCUUAAUCAGUGUAACUAUAAUGCAUUUUCUUAACCGGUAUGUCGUAGCCGUAAUCGGGUCGGCAUUUUUGAUGCAAGUUUGCGCCGCAAUACCCUUAUUCCUGGGUUGGCUAGUAUUCUGUAUAAUGCAUUCCGACCGAUCGUGGCUUAUGUAUCCCAUGUAUAACCAUCUGGAUUGGGCCUUCUAUGUAUGCAUACUGUCCAAUGUGUUGCACCUGUUAGCCGGCCUAAUGCUAUUGUAUGAAACAUUUAAGACCCGACAGCGCAAACAAAAGUUGACAAACUUGGUCUACAAUAUGCAGCCCAGACAACCCAAUAGUGAUGCCUACGAUUCAACAAUGCCUUUGAAAAAGUCAAAGUCAUCACCCAUUGAAAGACAUACACACUUUUCGCAAGUUUAACACAUAAUAAUAAUAAUAAUAACCACAAAAUAAUUAAUUAAUUAAUUAAUUAAUAAUAUUA